CUUUAUUUGAAUACAGGGCGUACAAAUAGAGUAGGUACCCAGAGCGCGCGCGUUUGUCUGAAGAGAACUGCCGCCAUGCCUGAUCCCUCCAAAGCGGCUCCGGCCCCCAAGAAGGGCUCCAAGAAAGCGGUGACCAAGGCGCAGAAGAAGGACGGCAGGAAGCGCAAGCGCGGCCGCAAGGAGAGCUACUCCAUCUACGUGUACAAGGUGCUGAAGCAGGUGCACCCCGACACGGGAAUCUCCUCCAAGGCCAUGGGCAUCAUGAACUCGUUCGUCAACGACAUCUUCGAGCGCAUCGCCAGCGAGGCGUCCCGCUUGGCGCACUACAACAAGCGCUCGACCAUCACGUCCCGCGAGGUGCAGACGGCGGUGCGCCUGCUGCUGCCGGGGGAGCUGGCCAAGCACGCCGUGUCCGAGGGCACCAAGGCCGUCACCAAGUACACCAGCUCCAAGUGAGGCGCGGCCCCGGUGCCCCCAAACCAAAGGCUCUUUUCAGAGCCACCCACAUAUCGAUAAAAGGGUUUUGAACACCGUAAAGGCCCACUGACAGAUGGGAACCUUACUGGACCAGGCUGCGCUGAGUGAUGUGUU